CCCUGCUAGCCCUUCUUUUUUAUUCUUGAACCGAGACAGCACACCUACGAGUCCUCUGAAGCUAAAUACAACUUCGUGCCGUGACCAUCAGAAAACCAGUUCUUGAUCUCUUCCUCCGAAAUUUCUACCUGGGAACAAGAGCAAUGUGCUCGGAGACGUGUGUGACUCGCGCGUUGAGCUUCCUUGAUCUCCCCCGGAAGGGCAAGGAGGGCGUAGAAAUACAAAAUGCGGAAUCGGGAUCCUCGUUCCGUUCGAGCUCGAACCGCGAGUUCGAGUUCGGCAUCGGCGACGGCGGGCUCGAGCACGCGUCUUCUUCGGCGGACGAGCUUUUCGCUAACGGCAUGAUCCUUCCAUUUCAGAUACAGAGCGAAAGUCUGGCGGCAAAAAGGGUCCCCAGAAGUGAAGCUGAAGCAGCAGGUCCUCUCCCUUUCCUCAUUUCUAUUCCUAGUCCCCCGACGUGGGACGACGACGACGACGACGACAAGAAGGCGGAGAGAACAGAGAAGAUUGCAUUGAUACCAUCAAGAUCAGGAUCAGAUCAAGAGAAGGUUCAAUCUUGGUCUUUUUGGGGAUUCAGGAGAAGCACUAGUCUCGGCUCUGAUAAUUGUUCCACCAAGAAGGGUUCAGUUUUCCCAUCACAACUCCUGUCAAGAAGCAGGUCAACAGGUUCUUCACAUAGAAGACAAGCUAGUCGGAUUCCCAAACCUCCGCAUCUACCAUCCUCUCAUUCGUCGUCGAUGUCGAGUCUCGCGGCGAAAAGGGCUUCCAAAAGCGAAUCCGAAGCGGCGGCGCCUCUCCCUUUCCUCACUCCUCUUCCUAGUCCCACGACAUGCGGCGGUGAUGACAAGAAGAUAGAGAGAACAGAGGAGAUCGCAUCUACACCAUCAAGAUCGGCAUCAGAUCAAGAAAAGCUUCAGUCCUGGUCUUUCUGGGGAAUCAGGAGAAGCACUAGUCUCAACUCCGGCGAUCGUUGCACCAGCAAGAGCUCGGUUUUCCCAUCACAACUCCUGUCAAGAAGCAAGUCAACAGGUUGGGUGCCGGCUCCGAGAAGAUCGUCUUCCCACAGAAGACAAGCUAGUCACAUUCCCAAACCUUCGCAUUCCUCGUCGACGACGACGUCUCAUUCUUAUCCGUGGCUCCAAAAGACUCCGUCGAAGAAGAAUCACGGGCUCGGAGCGUCGCACGGGAGCACGGUUCAAGUCAGUCCGGUGCUGAACUUGCCAACCGCAUGCAUUUCCCAGGGGGCCGCGAAUCUCUUUUGUUUGGGUUGUUUCACGGUCAAGGAGAAGUAAGAACAAAACACGGUCGAUUCCCCUGUUUCCUGAUCUCUGUCAUGUUUAUCACAAGUUAGAUUUUAUCUCAUUCUCGUU